UAUGAAGCGUUGCUCAGGUUUGAGGAGCAGUAAGAACAAGAACAAUCAGCUGCAAUGCGGCGGCGUUGGCGGCGGCGGUGCGGGGGAGAUUCCGGUGGAUGUGCCGAAGGGGCAUUUUGUGGUGUAUGUGAGUGAGAAUAGGAGCCGCUACAUCGUGCCGCUCACGGUCUUGACGUCGCCUGAGUUUCAAAUUCUUCUCCAAUUGGCUGAGGAGGAGUUCGGGUUUAGUCACCAUAUGGGCCUUACUAUCCCUUGCGAGGAACAGGUCUUUCAGUCCCUUACUUCCAUGCUCCGAUAAACCCGAGCUGAAUCGAACUAAAUUGAAUCGAAUCUAACAGUCAUCGAGGUAUUUAGCGUUAUGGAUACCCAAAUCUCUCUCUCUCUCGAGUAGCUGUUUUCGGUUACUAAUAUACACCAAAACUGUACUCGAGAAAUUAUUCAAAGAGAUCGGAAGAAUGUAGCUGACGAUUUUAAUUCCGAGAGAUUUUUAGCUAGAAUUCUCUCAA